GUCUCCGCGGCUGCAGCGCCCGCAUGCGGGUCGGGGAGCGCCCGGCCGGGGGGAGCCUCCUGCAAUGACGGACGACGCCGUGAAGCUGCUGCUGCGCCGCUUUUACACCCUGCAGGGGGAGCGGGUGGAAGCCUAUCGGCUCUUUGAGGAGGGCCACCGGGCGUAUCUGAGCAGCGGGCCGCACUACGACUUCCUCCGCUACCGGCAGCUGGUGCAUGAGAUCACACUGGCCUUCAGCGGCAUCUCCCGGGAGAUCCUGCAGAUCAAGGAGCAGCUCCAGGCGGAGCACGGGCGGCCGGAGCUCGCCCAGCACCUGUCCAGGGUCCAGCAGAAGGAGAAGGAGAAGCUAGAGCUGACGGCCCAGCUGCAGCUCGCCAGGCAGAACGUGCAGGACCAGCCCGGCGUGCCGGUCCACCAGCAGGAGGUGCAAGAGCUGAAAUACAAGCUAAUUAAAACCAUUGAGGCAAUCAGCGAAAUUCUCCAGGACCUCAAGUAUGAUUCGGAAGAAGCCGAGUGAUGGGUCUCCCCGUGGGAAUGGCCGGAGGAGGCGGGAAGCGCUGGAGGGGCUCUUGCUCACGUCGGGGUCUCGCUCCCCAUGGCAGGAUCCUCUCCCCAGCAAACCCCUGCGAGAGACAUGUCCAGGGCCCUCUCUGCCAGGCGGGCAGCGGCCUUUGCAACGGAGGAGCUCGACGCUGGGCUGUCCCAGCACAGGGGCAGGUUUGCAAAAGGGCUCCACAGCCAGCAGCUCCUAGUGGGAACAAUGGGGAACCCCCCUCCCAUGCUGAGUGCAAUGGAGAACCUCCCACUGAGAGCAUCAGGAGCUUUGGGGGCUGAGCCCCUUUGACAAGCUUUCCCCUAGCGUCCAGUUCGGUGCCGGGUGGGUGCCCUCGAGCCCGUCGGGCAGCCGAGACAUGUCGCUGUCUGUCCAGCAGGGCUGAACGCCCCCUCCCCCCAGGCUCCUUCCCCCGCAGAGCCAGGGGCCCUUUGAGUGCAGACAGAGCCAAACCUGCAGAUUUGGGGAGGGAUCUUCCAAGUGCCAAGGUGGCUGUGGGGGGGUUUCCAUGCUCCUAAAUCCUCUGGGUGCUUGGGAAACCCCCCCGGUGCAGCAAAGUGUUUUAAACACGGGCUGCGACCUCUUUCAAGGCAGUUUGUUUUAAGAAUGAAGCAAAGAACUCUGGCGUUAUGAAGGCAGGUAACGUUCUGCGGCGGGGUCUUGUCCUCGCUGACUGAGGUGGCGGCGCUGGUUUGUGGCUCAAUAAAAGGCAGGCUGGA